AUGGGUGGAGAGUCAAAUUUCCUAUUUCGACUUGAUGGGACCACUGGAAAGCUCGUUUGGAUUGAACCUGAGGUAUGGCAAUUGUCCGAUGUAUCAAGCUGGGUGGAGUUGGAUAUUCAGAAACUUUUGGAUUUGGGAGAAGCGAUUCUUACAGCUAUGCGGAACAAAAUGGGCCUUCCAGCAACCAUCAUUCGCAAAGAGCGUGGCGUGGGACUUGUUCCUCUUCCAGGAAAGAAGAUGUGUCGCGAAGAACUGGAGGAAGUCGUACUUAAUGCUCAAAGAGCUAUAGAGAUUACAGAGGUUGCUAAACGAGUCCAGUUUUGCGCCUUCAACGGUGGCAGUGACGUUUGGGUUGAUAUCGGUGACAAAAGAUAUGGUGUUUUAUCUCUACAGAGCUACCUGGGAGGAAUCCCAAGCAGUCGCACUUUACAUGUUGGAGACCAGUUUGCAUCCAUCGGUGCUAAUGACUUCAAAGCCAGGCUCGCUGCUUGUACUGUCUGGAUUGCCAACCCCCAUGAGACUGUGGAGAUUAUCCAAGAGUUGAAUGCCUAUAUAGACGAGUAUAGAGUCGUCUGA